AUGAACAAGAAGAAUCAUUUCAACAAUAACAACAAUCAACGAAAUAAUAAUAAUUACAACAAUAACAACAACAACAAUCAAAGAAACAAUUCAAACAAGAAUUCAUACAAGAAUUCAAACAAUAGAAAUAAUUCAUUUAAUAAUUACAACAACAACAACAACAACAAUCGAAAUAAUCAUUCAUUCAAUAAUUACAAUUCAAAUAAUAAUAAUAAUUUUGGCAACAAUCGAUCUCAUAAUUUUUCCAACAACAACAACAACUCAAACUCUUAUAAUUUUUCAUCCAAAUCCCAACAACAACAACAACAUCAAUUCGGACAAUCAUCCUUUGCUUCUAUAAGACCCAAUGUCAAAUCAUUUUCCGAAUCAUCCUUCUCACAAAUUACACCUUCUUCUGCACAAUUUGGAAAAUCUAAUUUUUCACAAUCACCAUUCUUAACGUCGAAUAGUAAUAAUACCACAAGUCAUACAACUGCCAAUCCAUAUUAUCAAAGUGCAACUCAAGGACACUCUUCAACGAACUCGAAUUCUCAUCGUCCUUCGAAUUCGAGUGGAUUUUCUCAAUUUUCAUCACACAACAACACGAAUGCAUUCAGCAAAUCAACAAGUACAUUCUCAUCUGUUGGAGGAUCAUUCUCUUUAGAUACCAUUAAUAAUCAUCCUCAUCAUUCUGCUAUUGAUUAUUUAUCAGGAAAAACUACAUCAUCCAACUAUGACAUGCAACAGGUGUGGCAACAAGCACAACGUGUUCAAGAUCCAUUUUCCAUGCGAAGAUUGAAAACAAGUGAUCGAUUGAGUAGUAGUAGUCGUACGAGUGGAGGAGACUCUGCAGUCGAUGAAAUGCUUCGAAAAAAAGCAUUGGAAAAACAACAAGAACUCGCGAAUGGUUUAUUCAUGGAUGAUCUACAAACAAAUUCUUCUCAAGGUAGUAGUAAUAUGAGUGGUAGUGGUAUGAGUGGUAGUACGAGUGGUAGUACGAGUGGUAGUACGAAUAUUCAAAUUCUCACAUUUGAACAACAAUUAGAGAAAAUGAGAGAACGAUUCUUUGCUCAAUAUGAUAUAGAUCCAAAGGUUGUGGAUGAUCGAGUGAUACUCAAUCAUUUUCAUAAAUUAAGUGAUGAUGAUGUGAAGGCUUUUGAAUCUCAAACAUUCCAUUUAUUUAAAAUUCCUGAAAUUGCACCACCUCAAGAAUAUUGUAAUAAUACUAAUUAA